UGUGACAGACAACACAGCCCCUCCGCUCCGCUCCGCGUAGUAGUGGAUAUCCCCUCAAUGAACUGCGAGCCAAACCGAACCGCCCUCUCCCCUGUGCAACCCAGCGAACCGGCGCAAAAUGGACCGAACAAAUGCAGCAGCGGCAUCACCCAGUGAGGACCGACACAGUUUUUAGGGUCCUGUUGUAUCCCAGAGGACGUGUGAAUAUGAAGAAAUAAAGUCAUCUUUUUAGGCCCUCCAGCUGACCUCUGGGCUGAGUCCUGGCUGCGGGGUUUUGUUGUUGGCGGGCCGUCUGAUCAGGUGUGUAUGUGAGUGAGAGGUGAUGAAGUCCAGUAUGAGGCAGUGGCGGAGGCUGGUGCUGCUGGGGAUGCUAGCGUGGGUUCUCCUCUUCCUCGCCCUCCUCUCGUACUUCCUGGAUGCUCGCGUGGACGAGCCCCUGUCCUCUGCUGGCUCUUUACUCUCCCAGCACCCCGACACCCGCCGCCUGACCUCCAUCCAGCAGCACGCCAUCACAGGCGUCCGACCUGAGCUGUCCUCAGCCGUGACCACAUCAUAUCCUGGAGAUGAGCCGCAGCCGUCCGCCAGCCCCACCACCCCAGAGUCCAGUGUGGAGGUGAGCCGCAGCCCUAACAGUGCUCCCUACGCCGCUUAUGUAAGCCAGGAGGCCAGUCGCCAGGACUAUCUAGACCCCCAAAGCCUAGCUGCCUGGUCCUCUUUUGGCACUGAGAAUGUGGGCUCUCACUCGGACCCUGUAGUCCAGAGUCGUGAGAGAACGUCCCAGCAGGCCACGGACUAUCAGAGCAAUGCCAGCACUGCACGCUACCAAGGUGGGGAGGAAGAAGAAGAUGAACGGGAUGAUGAAGAACUAGGAAAUAGGAUGAGGACCGCGGCAGGCCGGGGGGGCGGUGGGGACUCCUCAGACCUGGAGGAAUAUUACUUCUCCAAGUCAAUCUCGGUGGUGCAGCGGCUGUGGCGGGGCCGGGUGUCCUCUGGCAUGCUCAGUCCGCGGCUGCAGCGCGCCAGGAAGGACUAUGUGAGCGCCAAUAAGCAUCAUGUUUCAUACAAGGGACUUCGCAAGGCCGCCCAGAGCGCUAAAGAGCUGCUGUGUCAGAUGAAAGCCCAGGCCGGGCUGAGGACGGUGGAUGGGUCGGAGCAGCCCUUCUCCUCCCUCGGCUGGGCCCGUCUGGUUCCACCUCUUUCUCUGGAGCAGCUGUACCAACAGAAGGACCAGAGAGGCUUCAAGACCUGCGCCGUGGUCACCUCAGCCGGAGCCAUCCUCCGCUCUGGACUGGGAAAAGAGAUCGACACUCAUGAUGCUGUUUUACGGUUCAAUGCUGCACCGACCGAUGGAUACGAGAGAGAUGUGGGGAAUAAAACCACUAUACGCAUCAUCAACUCACAGAUUCUGGCCAACCCUAAACACCGUUUUAACACAAGCUCCAUCUACAAAAAUGUGACCCUGGUGGCCUGGGACCCUGCCCCGUACACCAUCAAUUUACACAAGUGGUAUGCCAGUCCCGACUACAAUCUAUUUGGUCCAUAUGUGGAGCACCGUAAGCUUCAUCCUGGCCAGCCCUUCUACAUCCUUCACCCCAGCUACGUGUGGAGACUCUGGGAUGUGAUUCAGGGCAAUACUCAGGAGAACAUCCAACCUAAUCCCCCCUCAUCUGGCUUCAUAGGUAUCCUCCUGAUGAUGGCUCUGUGUGAGCAGGUCCAUGUGUAUGAGUACAUUCCCUCUAUGAGGCAGACAGAUCUGUGCCACUACCAUGAGCGCUAUUACGAUGCUGCCUGUACACUGGGUGCCUACCAUCCCCUCCUUUAUGAGAAGAGCCUGAUCCAGCGGAUCAACACAGGUCCUGAGAGCGACCUGAGGAGGAAGGGGCGGGUCACUCUUCCAGGCUUGAGCACCAUCAACUGUGACAUCUGAAAUAUGAAACCUGAUCCUCUGAGCCCAGACGUUCACACACACACAUACAUAAUGGCCUUUUCUGGCUGGUCAAGGGCGAGGUGCAAUAAAGCUACUCGAGACAAGGAGCCUGGAGCUUGCAAGUUUGAAAUUAGACCCAUGAAGAACAUAAGCCAUAGCCCUUCAGGGAGGGAUCCACAUUAAGGCUUCUGAGAUACCUUAUCUUCAUUAAGCUGUUUACCACACCGGAGACUAAUGGAAGAGUCUCAAAGACAGGACUGAAAAGACAUUUUUCUCUGCUUUAGCUGAGCCACGUUAGCUGUGGAGCUGACUAGGGUAGCAAUGGAUUGGUGUUUUUAGAUAGACAAGUCAAAUUUCAAUAAUCGGGUGUAAACUUAAAUGCCUGUUUUUAAUUAUUUGGGAGGUUCUCCACUUAAAGGAAAUGCCACUGUUUAUAACAGUGGAUAUAUGUUUGUUGUUGUUUUUUUUUUUUUUUUGGUUUUUUGUACUGACAAGGAAGUCAUCUGUGCUGAAUGUCAUAAAUACAGCAUACACAUACAUUCAAGGAAAUGCACACAUUCACACACACACACACACACACACACACACACACUCCUUUACUUAAAUACAGCAGCAACACACAGAAGAACACAAUGCAAAAGAUGCUAUUGUCGUAUCCAUAGAGGAACAUUAAUGGUCUUAACUGCUGUGAUAUACCUUACUGUACACGUCAUUUCUCUGCAGCAGGUGAUCUUGCUUGACAUUCCUCUGACAUCUUCUUGUGAAAUCAGAACUGGUAUUUUGUGUCGUCAUGAGAGGUUCAUUUCACACCACUGAUGUUGUUAAUCUUAAUAAUUACUUGCUCCUCCCUGUGCAUGCCAGCGUGUGAAAUCACAACUCCAGGUUUUCACUUGUUCUUCAAACAUUUUGGGUGAUUUCUCAUUCAGUUACAAGCUCACAGGAAGGCACCGGUUGUCUUUUGGGUUUCAUCCUGAUGAUUUUUUGUAAACUUAGGGCAUUCUUAAAUUUAAUAAAAGGGGCCAAAAUUGAUAUUCAGAACACACAGGUGCCCAGACCAGCCCUAAUCCUGUGCCUAGUGGGUGACUGAACACUUUCUUUGGGUUGCCUUGUGAUUGUUCAGAUAUUCGCAGUAUGUACUGUGGCAGGACUGCAGUACCACGGAGAUUAAUUUCUAUGAGAGGCGUGUGGUGUAAUUGCUGUAGUGAUCCUAGUCAUGGGAUUCUCAGCACUGCCUCAGUAAUCAUCAGCCAGUUUGUGAUGGUCAAUUCAGUCUUAAAUGAAUGUAAGUUUGGCCAAACUCACCACUGAGGUAUGUCUGCACAUAUGCAGCUCACUGCAGGUCCAUUCCUUUGUUGUGGAAGAGCAUGAAGCUCAUUUCCUACAGCUAUAAAUGGCUUACAUCUCUUGAACCCUGCAAUAUUGGUCUGUACCAUCCACAGCUCAGAGUGGAGACAGUUACAAAAGACCAUUUUAAACCAGUGACAUCAUGAGAUUUUCUUUCUCUGGCUAGGAGGAUUUUUAUGUUUACAAUCAGUGCCACAUCUGCAGUAAGCUCCAGAGGUAUUUGUUCAGUAUGAGGAAAAGGUUGGUUGUGAUGGUGGUUUUUUUAUUUGCUGCAAACAACAUAAGAAGUAUGCCUGUAACAUACCUGUUGACAGAUUUUUUACAAUGUUGGUUGUGAUUCACUAAAAGAUACAAAUCCUGUCACAGAAACUUUCUUUAGAAUAAUCUGAUGUGUGUUGAGGACGGUGGCUCUUUAGUAUUUAGUGGUAGUAGUUAAAGUAGAUGUCUGUGGAGCUGAGCAUUGCUUGUUCUUGAGUAGGGCUGGAUAUUAUUCAGGAUUUGACUGGACCAAUACGGUACUACAGCAUAGUGACAAAAUUUUUAUCAUUGCUACUUACACAGAUUGAAUGGAAAUGAUUUUUGUUGACUAAUUCAGGAAAUGAAACAAGUAACUAAUCUUGGUACUUCAUCCCACUGAGGCAAAUGUUGUAAAUCCGGUGUUAACUUUAAAGUUAUUUCUCACUGAUUUGCAAUAUUAAUGUAAUCCAGAGAUAUUCACAAUAUAGCAGGCUCUGUACAAAUAAUAUCAAAAUAUUUCUGAUAAUUAACACAGUCUCUUGCAUUAUGCAUAUUUUCCAGCUCUGUUUAACCGUGGUUUAAAAAAACACUUGGGCACAUUUCGUUCAAAAUAACAAACACUAGUGAGCUGUUAUGCCCAGCCCCAGUUUCAUGUGGAUCGUUUGACACCUUAUUAGAUAAUUAUUAGAAAGUCUGUUCUGUACCAGAAAUGUAAAAAAUUAAACUCAACACACCAAUUUAGAAGCUGAAUGAGAUUCAGCAUUAAUUUUUAACCAUGCAGGUUUUCAACACUGCUUUUUUAUGUUCUCUGUAGAGAUUAAAUUGUUUUAUUGCUUGUGAUUGUAACACACUGAAGGUGCAAAACCUUGAAUAUUGUACAUUGUACAUGUGUAUUUCUAAUUACUUUGACCUUCCAGUGCACAGAGCAUGCAAAUCUGGAUCAGGGCUAAGAGUCUUAAACUGUCUGUGCUGUACUGUGCUGCAAGUAGACACCAUUGUCAUUAAUGUUGUGAGAGGAGAUUGUGCAACAAGACUUUUUUCUUACGUGUUUUUUUUUUUUUCUUGCAGAUUUUAAUGCAUGCUUCUGGACAGGGAAAACCAAGCCCAGCUGCGGUGCAGCUUAAUAGUAGUUCCCUGGGAGCACUCAUACAGUGCAAUGCCCUUUGGCAAUUUCAUCUUUGCAUCUUAAUAUUGUGCCAAAUUCCACUUUUUUAAUUAUAUCUGAUUUGGGUGGGUUAGAGGAGAGAUGAGAUUUCAUAAUAGCAGGACUUUUUAGGUGCUAUUGCUUCUCUCUGGGAUGCUUGAGAUGGAAUUUAAUUGAACUUUUGUUGUCAUUACACAGGCAAUUUUGUUGUCACUAUGAGAAUAGACAUUUUCCUGAAACGACUGUAAAAAGGACUGAGAAUACUUCACCGGGUUCUACCCCUUUAGCCUUUUCUUAUUCAUAUCUUGUUUUUAUUCUGUGUUGUGGGAAUUGCUGCAAUUCACUGCCUCUAAGGGACUGACAAACAUUUAGGUUAUUUUUCUACAUUUCCCUCCUGGUUUUUAUGGCAGUUAUCUCAAAAAGAGGAAAUAAGCAUCCGUCACUGAACAUAAGAGUGAAUGUUUCACUCCCAUUUGCCUGAGGGUGUUUUUUUCCUUGACUUUGAUUUGUCAGUGAAUUUCUUCUUAUAUUACACUUGAACUGAUAUUUAAAUAGACCAUUUGUAUGAUUUAAACUGUUAUUUGUCUUUUUUACUAUGUAAAUAAAGAUGUUGUAAUGUCA